AGACGGCGUCCUGCCAGCCAUUCCUCCUCCUCUGGCUGCUGCGGAAGUGCCCGGCUGGGAAGUUUGCGGCCGGCGGCGAGGGGAGGCCGGGGGGGCUCUGUGGAGGUACCAUGCCGCCCAAAGGUCCCGGCAAAGGCAAGCUGCCAGUCCCGCUCCCUAAAGACAUGAUCCUGAAAGACACCGAAGGAAAAACCUGGAGGCUGGGCAAUCAGAUCGGCCAGGGAGGAUUUGGCCUGAUCUAUUUAGCAUCCCCUCAAAUUCAGGUUCCUGUAGAAGAUGAUGCAGUGCAUGUCAUUAAAGUGGAAUAUCUUGAAAAUGGCCCCUUGUUUUCUGAGCUGAAGUUUUACCAGAGGGCAGCAAAACAAGAGCAUAUAAGAAAAUGGAUGAAUCUCAAAAAAAUAAGAUGUUUAGGAAUUCCAGUGUUUUGGGGAUCAGGCCUGGCUGAGUACAAGGGGAAAAGCUACAGGUUCAUGGUCAUGGAGAGACUGGGGCAAGACCUCCAAAGAAUCUUUGAAGAUUGUGGCAGCAGGUUUAAGAAGGAGAUUGUUCUGCAGCUUGGGGCACGGAUGUUGGAUACUUUGGAGUACAUACAUGAAAAUGAGUAUGUCCAUGGGGACAUUAAAGCAGCAAAUCUUCUGCUGGGCUACAGCAAUCCACACGAGGUUUAUCUUGCAGAUUAUGGACUUUGCUACAGAUAUUGUCCCAAUGGGAACCACAAACAGUAUCAGGAAAAUCCUAGGAAGGGCCAUAAUGGGACAAUAGAGUUUACCAGCAUAGAUGCCCACAAGGGAGUAGCCCCAUCCAGGCGAGGUGACCUUGAAAUCCUUGGCUACUGCAUGCUGCACUGGCUGUGUGGGAAGCUGCCCUGGGAGCAGAACCUCAAGGACCCUGUAGCUGUCCAGAGUGCGAAAACAAAACUUAUGGAUGAGCUCCCAGAUUCAGUGCUGAGGUGGGAUCCUCCUGGAAGCAGCUGCAGUGAAAUAGCCAAGUUCCUGGCCUCUGUUUCUGGCUUAGCUUAUGCUGAGAAGCCCAAGUAUCACGUGCUGAAGAAGAUCCUGCUGGAUGGGCUGGAGUCGAGCGGGCUGCGCUACGACGGCCCCCUGGAAUUUUCCCCAGCAGCAGCAGCAGCAGCGUGCGCACGGAAUCACCUCGCUGCCAAGCUGUCCAGGGUUCGCCUCCCAAAGCCUCCAGCAAAAGCAGCUCAGCAGAAGGGAAAAAAGCCACAAGGUGAAGAAGCUGCCUAUCAAAACCAAGGCACACAGCUCCUGGAAGAAGGAAAGCCAAGCACACGGAGCAGGAGGCGUCCCCAGGCAGAGCUGCAGCAGCACACACAGUUACUGUCUGUACCUCAGUGGGCUCCCUUGGCCAGGCCUUCCCUAAAGGCAGAGCAGCAGAAGGAGGACAUGGGGCAAGAGGAGCAAUCCAGCUACCUGAGCAGGCCCCAGACCCGGGGAACACGCCGGCAGCUCCACGUGGAAGAGAAGCCACUUCCAUUUUACACUACACAGCAGGAGCCUGAGCACCCAAAAAAGGAAGACACUGCAAGAGAGCUGCCACCAUUUGACCCCUACAGAACACUCUCAGAAUCCCGAAAGGAGCACAGUCACCUUGUAACUCCUGUUCCUGCAGCAGUGUCCCAGCCUGGUGCUGACACCACUCAUCCCUCUCUCUCUGCUGUGUUUAAGCUUGCAUUUGCUGAUCAAACCUACCCCUACACUGCAGCUGUUCUGGUGCUUCUGGUGCUCAUUGUCCUGUCCUUGUAUCUGCUUUGAUGUUGCUGUUCCUGUGUCUUCAGUGGGAGUGCAGUGGUGCUCCCACAAUGCAGCUUUUAGAGUUUCUUCAUUGAAGAUUUCAGUGUCAGGGGCUUGAAAAAGAAGUUUUUAAAUAAUCCUGUCAGUACAGGCCUUGUACAGGCAAGUUCUCAUCUGCAGUCAAUAGUUAUGGAUUCUCUGAACUAUCUGUGUUGGCUUCUGUUAUAAAUGUUGAGGUUUUUUUAUUGUUUGUAACUGAAGCUUUUGUUACGACAUUAAAAAAGUAUUAAAUACAA